AUGGAGGGUAUGCUUGCGAAUACGAAACGAGUUCUUAUACUCGUUGGGAUAGAAGACCGCUAUGGAGACUCAAACACCCUUGCGAAACGGGGACGUUCAGGAAUCCACAAGGGUCACGAGUCCUCCGCCGAGCUUUUCAACAAUGGCCAGGCAUACGUUCCUGUGGCUCCUCUGUAA